AUGGAUGGUUUCGGAUGCUCCACUCAGCUACAAGGUCCUAUUGGAAAAGCCAUGGACCCGUCUCAUGCCAGCCAUAUGCACCACGGACAAACUGCCUUUGGCGCAAAAUUCCUGCCACAGUCAGACCUGGCGAUCAGCAACUACAAGCAGACUCGAAAGACAAAUGCUGAUGGGAGUUUUGAGGUCAGUCACAGUUCUAUGACAGCAGAUACCCAGGUGGGAAACACAACCUUCGAUUUUCAGCUCCCCAUGCUGGCAACCUCAGAAACCAUGAUACAGGGAAUAUUGAGUUUCAAGCUUGGACUUCAUCACAUUCUGGUGUGGCCUGGUGUCAACCGAGUGAUUUUUGCCACCGACUUGGAAGCCAAAGAAGACAAAGGCAAAUUUGGACUCAUGGCCAUAAAGGCCAUAAAGGCCAUACAAACACUGCAGACUUUCAUCAGAGAGCUGUCCCUGAUGCUGUUUCCUGGGUAUGUGAGGAUGGCGCUGCGACAUGUGUGCGGGGCUGGAGCAGUACCGAGCCGUGUGAUCCAGCUCCAGCAACCUUGGUGCAUUCUGAGGACACCCGGCUUGCCAGGUCAAACGCUGUGGGGACGAGUGAGUACUACCUUGUAUCCCUGUCAAACAAUGGCGUUGCGACAUUUCAAAAGUGGCUGUACACGCUGGCUGGUGGAGGACCCACCUGGUUCGGCGGGGGGGGGGGGCUGA